GACGGAUGGAGAAGAGGUGAUCUGAGGAUCCUCCCCUUCCCCUACAAUGCCGCUGCCAAACAUUUUAAAGAAAGCUUCCAAUUACAUUCUUGGAGGAGGACACGAAGAGAAAAACCCCCCAUUCAACGAAGGAGAAGUUGUCUUCUGUAAAAACAAUGUUUGUGUUCAUCCUCCGGCCCUACUGAGACAAGCUUGUGAUGUAGUACAUCACCCUGGUUAUUUAUCUGUGAGCUGUCAGCUUGGUGGUCUACAGCAUAAAACCAAAACCCUGCAUUUGAGCUGGAUUCCUAAUAGUACCCUACAUAAACAUCCAGGGGCUAUCCAACGGCACAAUUACAAGGAUGAAAGAAGUGAUUCUUUGUCCUCCAGUGAUGUGACUUUACCAUGUGGAAAGGAAUCCUGUUUGAAGUGCUUGGCUGAAGAACGUUUGAUUGAUGCAACUUAUCGAACAACAUUUCGCGAGUUUCGGCGACGAAGUUCUGGAGGUGAAAGCUGGGAAUCUAAUCAUAGAAGUGGGCCCCCUAGUCUCGCUACCUCAGAACCUCCAAGCUCUAACAGCCUUCUUCAGCGAAAUGUUGAAAGUAAUGGAGAAACAUCAGAAGAAUCAGCAUCAUUGACUACUCAGGAUGCUGAUGUUAUCAGUGCAGAAGAGUUGACUGACAAACUAAGUCUUUCAAGCUCUUUGAGUCCAACUCAUUCUACAAACGGUUCUAAGCUAACAGGUGAUAUUUCAACAGAUACUGCCAAAUUUCCCACACUUCAGUCAGGGUCCAGAGGAGAGGACAUUCUUGUAAGUAUUGUUGAACCACCUCUGGAUGAAAAUGAACCUAUUCGCCAGAGAUCACCUUCCUCAGCAUCAACUUGUAGCUUUCUUCACCCUUCCUGUCCUCCAUCACUUCAGAGUGAUGACAUGCCAACGUGGCUCAGCUCUCCUGAAUUACUGGCCCUCAGACAUAAUCUCACAUUCCCUGAGAGUGCCACUGCAUCACCUGUUGUUCGGAGAACCCAUAGUUGCAGAAGAUUCUCUGUAGACCUGGGCCAAAUGCGUUCUCUUCGUUUAUUCUUCAAUGACACAGAAUGUACAAGUGGUCAACUUGUUGUUGCAUCACGGGAAAGCCAGUACAAAAUAUUGCACUUCCAUCAUGGGGGAUUGGACCAUCUUGCUGCUGUUCUCAAUGAUUGGAGUUUUCUUCUAUACACCCCACAACCGAUAGGCAUUCAAGAUACCUUACCAUAUCGCCACUUUAUGAUUUGCAGGCCUGAGGUUGGUGAGGAUGAGCUACAUCCAGAGGAAGGACAAAUUGGAAUUGUAGAUCUAGAUGUGUGGAUACAGGUAUUGAACCCUGAAGGACAAAUCGAGGAUGACUUAACUCUUAGAAAGGGAAUAUUUUUUGGUGGCCUUGAUCCAACUUUGAGAACUGUUGUUUGGCCUUUUCUCUUGCAUUGCUUCCCAUACACAUCUACAUACGAUGAAAGGGAACAGGCUCAAGCUAUGCGUAGACAAGAAUAUCUCAACAUCAUGGAAAUGCGUAAAUCUCUAUCAGGAGAAGAUUAUGAUGAUUUCUUUCGCAAUGUGCAAUGUGUUGUGGAGAAAGACGUUGUAAGAACUGACCGUGCUAACCCUUACUUUGCUGGGUCUGAUAAUCCUAACAUCGAAAUAAUGAAGAACAUUCUCUUAAACUAUGCUGUUUACAACAAAGGUGCUGGCUACACUCAAGGAAUGUCAGAUUUGCUUGCACCUGUUCUUGCAGAAAUGAAGAAUGAAGCAGAUGCAUUUUGGUGUUUUGUUGGUUUAAUGCAAAGAGCUUCUUUUGUAUGCACACCUACUGAUGGUGAUAUGGACCGUUCCCUUAUGUAUUUACGUGAACUGAUCAGAGUGAUGCUCCCUGCCUUUUACAAUCAUCUGGAACGUCACACUGACGCCAUGGAACUCCUAUUUUGUCAUCGAUGGAUAUUGUUGUGUUUUAAAAGAGAAUUUCCAGAGCCUAUUGCUCUGUCGAUGUGGGAAGCAUGUUGGGCAAAUUACAUAACAGAUUACUUUCAUUUAUUUCUCUGUCUUGCAAUUUUAUCAGUCUAUGCUGAUGAUGUGGUUGCUCAAGACUUACACACAGAUGAAAUGCUUCUCCAUUUUAGCUCUCUUGCCAUGUUCAUGGACGGUCAAUUAAUUUUGAGAAAGGCACGAGGCUUACUGUACCAAUUUCGACAAAGGCCUUGUAUUCCUUGUACUCUUGCCGGGCUUUGUCAGAUGUGUGGGCCUGGCAUGUGGGACUCCUCUCAUGCACCCGUUGUGGAAUGCACUUCAACAUCCUGUUUGGACAAUCCUUGUCCAUAUAGUGCUGCUCAGGAUGCUCCUACACUUGUGUUUCAGGAUGAUAAAUAAUCUCAUAAAUUUCAAGGGUCCCACAUGAAGAAAACUAAGUGUUGCCAUAUUUUUUCUUUCUUACAGGUUUAUGAAAUAUGUUUUCUUCUUAAACUUGGUUAUUACCGGUAAUCUCUUGAGUAACUAUAUACUAGUCUCUGUUGUACAAUUUUCUGUUAUUGUGAAUCUCGAGAUUUAUUUUGCUGCCAAAAUAGAAAAGCUACAUGAAUUGGAUGCCAUGUGACUUUUCCAAAGAGAAAGAAAUCCAUUAAGACUGGCAUUAAUUUGUCUUAGGAAAGUAAUCAAGCAAAAUUUGAGGUGAAGCUUUACACCAAUUCUGUAGUAUGAUUUUUUUUCAUGUUUCAUCAAAGUUUCUGUUAAUUUUGAGUGCAGGACCUUUAAAAUAUGUCAUUUUUCUUGCCAUCUGUAUACUCACAUUUAUUAUCAUUUUGACGGGUAUUGGUGUGUGCUUUCCAUACCUUCUACAUGUACAUGUCAUAGAUGUGGAGCAAGUGUUUUUGGAUACACACUAAAAAAAAAGAAAAUAACAUGACGUAUCGUAAUUUUUCUGAUUUGUUGGUAGGAUUUUAAACUACAAUGACUGUUAAACUAAUCUAUGUUAAAACAUAUCUACAUUUCAUAUAUAUUGUUUCCUUGACUUUAUCUCUAACUGGAAACCUCAUGUAUGUUCGAGUUGAGGGAGGAGUUGGAGAUUAUUUACAAACAGGCCUUAGAUAACGUAUGUGAUGUCUAAUUCAUUAAAUCUCAUAACUUCUUGAGAGCAUAAGUAUUAAUACUUACCUUACUUCAUUUUUCAACUUUUCUCAUAGUUUUUUACUACCUCUGUGUUGAGAAAAAAUUAAUGGGCCAGAAGAACUUUUUCAUGUUGACUUUAAAAUGAUGAUUUUAGACAAUCUUUCAUUCUUAACUUAAGGAGAAGUAAAUUUAUUUGUUUCCCUUGUUGCAGCCGAAUCUAUAGUCAAAGAAGCAGUUAUUUUUGUUUCAAAGGCAUCACUUUUCUUUUACUGCGCCCUACUAAAAUUAUUCUACUGCCAUGUCCCAAUUGUUUUACAUGUGCAAUGCUUAUGGUAAGCCCAUAAGUCAUGGGAUUACUAGUUUUAAUGGCUGAGGCCGGUUUGAUUGAUUACAUGUUUUUGCUGUGUUUGUGAGUUAACUUUGAUGUCAAUUGUUGUGAAAUGUGAAUGUAUCCUAUUCUAUCCAUGCACAGUUUUUAAAAGCCAAAGAUUAACCAUGAAAUGGUUUACCAUUUUUAGCAUAAUGACAAUUUGUCUGCUAUAUAAACUUCUUUGUCAUCACUUUUUUGAAUCUCUUAAAUUUGUUAUGGUGCUUCUUUAUGUAUUUCCAUUCUAUUUACUAUAUUGUGUGCGUCUGUGAGUAAAAGGUUGGUAUUGGACACUACGAAACUUUAUAUUAAGCCUAAUGCACUGUUUUUUUGUAAAUGAUGGGUGAAGCACAUGAGUCAAUUGAGUUUGUUUGUCUUGGGGUAUAAUUGUAUUGUUGUUUUGUUUGUUUUAAUAUUGUUUGUUAACUAUGUGGAACAGGUUUGCAUUUAUCAGCAGUGUGUUCAAUAUUUGUUGUCAAGACAUAGCAAGUUUAGUUUCAUAAAAUGUGCCAUUUCAAUUGUUUUCUUAGUAAGGGUUGCCAGGAACAAAGCCGCUCGAGGACAAGACCAUUUUUCAAUGUUUAUUCUAAUUUUUACCAGUCUGAAACCUAACUCUUUUUAUUGUGUUUAGUUAAGCCUUUGCAGUGCACAGUAGUUCUGCUGUUUUGACUUGAACCAUUGAGCACAGUGCCACAUAGGUUUAAGAUUUAAUUAUGUAUCAUGUAUACCAAAGGUUUCCAAAGUUAAUGUUUCUCUAUGUAGUCAAAGAAAAGACUCAUCAUGAUACAUGGGUCAACGCUUAUUUUUAUUCUUAUCUUAUGAUGUUUAUUUUUGUUGCUGUGAAAAUGGGUAUCCAUAUAUCAUUAUUAAACGUUCUGAAACAAGA